UUUGGUUCAACUUUUCUCACGGGAUUAUGCUGACUGACUCCUUCCAUCUCCCAUCUCUAAGCAAUUGCCCCAUUAAAUAUUCCAGUGUUCCCUCUCACUCCACUCCACUCCACUCCACUCCCUAUUUUAGCAAGCAAAACCGUUGGAUGAUGUGAUCAACUCAUUACUUAGUCAGCCUUCUUCAUUUCCAUUCUCAUCAUUUUUUUAUUUUUUUUUUUACCGUUAUUUUCAAGCUACUCUUCUUGAUACUCCCCACUUGUCUUCCUGCUAAAGUCACUCCCUCUCUACUCAACCUCUCUCUCUCUCUCUCUCUCUCUCUCUCUCUCUCUCUUUCAUAGUCUAACCAACACCAACUUACUCCUUAUAUAAUUACUUGAUCCAAGUACAGGUAGAAGAUAACCAAAAUCAACAACUAUGUCAUCUAAAUCCCCUGUUUUCUCCAUGCUUGAACCUAACCAUUUCAGCGAUUACGGCUUCGACCCUCAGAUCGAUUAUUUCCAGGUGUUGGAGGAGGCGAGGAAGCAUAAGAGGGAAACAACAACAAGAUCGAUAGACACCCUCCAUUUCAAGCUCCAAAAACCAAUCUCAAAAGACGACGCAAAAAAGUGUUCAAAGAAAAAGAGGCGUCAAUGGUGGUGGAAGAACGCAGUGCUCUUCUUCAAGACUAAAUGGGCCGCCCAACACCAAAGACCAAGCCCACUUGACUACCACCACCACCAGCAGCCUUACAAAGGUGGGUCCAUCUCCGGCCCAAUUUACUUCACCGACAGCUUAAUUGGGUCGGAGCCCAUUUCUCCUUGUCGGACCACCAGCCGCCCAACUUCCGGCCCAAUUGCCGGAACACUGACACCAACAAGGAAGGGUGAUUUGGAGAUCCCGUAUAUCAGUCUCAAGGAUCUUAAUAUGGAACCGUCGCACGUGAUCUCUGCUGCUCCCAUGCCUAUUUAUUUAGUUACUUAAUUUAAUUAAAUAAAAGUUUAAACAGACUAAUAUGUCCUUUUUGGUGAUGAGAGUAACAUAUUUUUUUUUCUUCAUUUUUUAAGGAAAAAAAAUGAUUUAAUGAGAUUGGGAUUUUAUUAAGGGAAACAAAUCUUGGGUUUUAUUGGGAUUAAUUAGGUUAAUGAGAUGGUUAACUUUUUAAUUAUUUUUAACAUAAAAAAAAAAAAAAAAAAAAAAAAAACUUUUUGAAUUUUUUUCCCUUUUGGUUGUAUUUUUUUGCACAAAAAAAUGUUCUUUGUGCAAAGGCUUCUUUUAGAUGAGUGUUUAUUUAAUAUAAUUAUAAUGGUGUUGGACCGCUCGGUUAAGCUUUUACUUUGACUGAGGUGUGUUUUUGUCCUAGAUGUUGACCUGCAUCAGAAAUAAAAGCAUGGAGCGGGAAACACGACGUCGUUUCUUUUUUCACUCUUUAUGUUGGAAAGGGCCGUUAGCUUUAGCCCUUAGCUAGUUAUUUUAUCUAUUAUUGUUAAUUGUUUUGGUCCUACAUAAAUUGUAAUGUUAGUUAUGGAAGUGAUUAGCUUGGAUUUUCAGUUGAUUUGUGACUUAAUUUAUUACAGUAUCAUUUAAUCUUAUCACCUUUCCCAUGUUCUUUCUCUAACAAAAAGGUAAUUUUGAAUACACUA